AACACAGAUCUAUUUGAGAUGAUUGAAAAGAUGCAGGGAAGCAGGAUGGAUGAACAGCGAUGCUCCUUCCCACCACCCCUCAAAACGGAGGAGGACUACAUUCCGUACCCGAGCGUCCACGAGGUCCUGGGCCGAGAAGGGCCCUUCCCCCUGAUCCUGCUGCCCCAGUUUGGGGGCUACUGGAUUGAAGGCACCAAUCACGAAAUCACCAGCAUCCCAGAGACGGAGCCGCUGCAGUCGCCCACGACCAAGGUGAAGCUGGAGUGCAACCACACUGCCCGCCUCUACCGGAAGCACUUUCUCGGCAAGGAGCACUUUAACUACUACUCGCUGGACGCCGCCCUGGGCCACCUUGUCUUCUCACUCAAGUACGAUGUCAUCGGGGACCAGGAACACCUGCGGCUGCUGCUCAGGACCAAGUGCCGGACAUACCACGACGUCAUCCCCAUCUCCUGCCUCACUGAGUUCCCCAACGUGGUCCAGAUGGCAAAGCUGGUGUGUGAAGACGUGAACGUGGACCGAUUCUAUCCUGUGCUCUACCCCAAGGCCUCCCGCCUCAUUGUGACCUUCGACGAGCAUGUUAUCAGCAAUAACUUCAAGUUCGGAGUCAUUUAUCAGAAGCUCGGGCAGACCUCUGAGGAAGAACUCUUCAGCACCAAUGAGGAGAGCCCCGCCUUCGUGGAGUUCCUCGAGUUUCUGGGCCAGAAGGUCAAACUGCAGGACUUUAAGGGGUUCCGAGGAGGCCUGGACGUGACCCACGGGCAGACGGGGACCGAGUCUGUGUAUUGCAACUUCCGCAACAAGGAGAUCAUGUUCCACGUGUCCACCAAGCUGCCCUACACGGAAGGGGACGCCCAGCAGUUGCAGCGGAAGCGACACAUCGGCAACGACAUCGUGGCUGUGGUCUUCCAGGAUGAGAACACGCCGUUUGUGCCGGACAUGAUUGCGUCCAACUUCCUGCACGCCUACGUGGUGGUGCAGGCCGAGGGUGGGGGCCCUGACGGCCCUCUCUACAAGGUGUCCGUCACUGCAAGAGAUGACGUCCCCUUCUUUGGGCCACCCCUCCCGGACCCCGCUGUGUUUCGGAAGGGGCCUGAGUUCCAGGAAUUUUUGCUGACAAAGCUGAUCAAUGCCGAAUAUGCUUGCUACAAGGCAGAGAAGUUUGCCAAACUGGAGGAGCGGACACGGGCCGCCCUCCUGGAGACGCUCUACGAGGAGCUGCACAUCCACAGCCAGUCCAUGAUGGGCCUGGGCGGCGACGAGGACAAGAUGGAGAACGGCGGCGGGGGCGGCGGCUUCUUCGAGUCCUUCAAGCGGGUCAUCCGGAGCCGCAGCCAGUCCAUGGACGCCAUGGGGCUGAGCAACAAGAAGCCCCACACCGUGUCCACCAGCCACAGCGGGAGCUUCACGCCCAACAAUCCUGACCUGGCCAAGACAGCUGGAAUAUCAUUGCUUAUUCCCGGGAAAAGUGCCAGUAGAUUCGGACGCCGAGGCAGUGCCAUAGGCCUAGGAGCCGUGGAAGAGUCACUGAUUGUCCCUGGCAAGAGCCCCACGAGGAAGAAAUCAGGUCCGUUUGGCUCUCGCCGCAGCAGCGCUAUCGGCAUCGAGAACAUCCAGGAGGUGCAGGAGAAGAGGGAGAGCCCCCCGGCCGGCCAGAAGACCCCAGACAGCGGGCACGUCUCCCAGGAGCCCAAGUCGGAGAACUCAUCCACUCAGAGCUCCCCAGAGAUGCCCACGACCAAAAACAGAGCGGAGACAGUGGCCCAGAGAGCGGAAGUGCUGAAGGACUUCUCCCGCUCCUCGUCCAGCGCCAGCAGCUUCGCCAGCGUCGUGGAGGAAGCAGAGGGCGUGGAUGCGGAUGACACAGGCCUGGAGAGUGUCUCCUCCUCAGGGACACCCCACAAGCGGGACUCCUUCAUCUACAGCACGUGGCUGGAAGACAGCAUCAGUACCACAAGUGGAGGCAGCUCCCCAGGCCCCUCUCGGUCACCCCAGCCCGACACCGGCAAGUUGGGGGACCCUGCGUGUCCCGAGAUCAAGAUCCAGCUGGAAGCAUCUGAACAGCACACGCCCCAGCUGACGAGGGUGCAGAAGCACGAGGCAAGGGUGCUCCGGCAGAUCCGGGCGGACGGGACCUCUGCCCCCCGAGGCCAGCACCAGCCUGGGGGCCGCCCCUCGCCUGCCCAGCCCUCCUCCUGGCCCACAUCCGGGCUGUCUCUGCAGGGCGGAGCUGGCCAGCCCUGGGAGCGGGGAAGCUGCUGGCAUCGUCCCCACCCCCUGGGCUGGGAGGCUGGCUGGGGCAGGGAGAGGUCAGUUGGAACGGGACUCCAGGCCUGGCUCAUCCAUCACCCCUGGGUGCCCCUCUGGAUUCGAGGGAGUGAGCUGGAAAGGAGAACUGAGGCAUCUCAGUGCACACAGAGCCUGCCAUGGAGGGGUGGGUAGGAGGAGCCCUGGGCUGGGGUCCUGAGUCCUAGCUUGUGGUUCGGGAUCCACUCUGUGAUUCUAGGCCCAUCACACUCCCUCUCUGAGUGUCUCUGCUCUAAAUGGAUGAGGUCAUUUCAGAGGUCGCUGAAGAGUGGGAUUCUGCGCACCUGCCCCAGAGUGGAGGAUCCCGGGGGCUUCCUGUCACCCUCUCCUGCUUCUUGGGGUUCCUGGGGCCCCAGGUCGGCUGAGGGACAGGGGGCUGGCUAUGGCCACGGCACCUCCUAGACCUGCCAAGGCCCUGCCCGCCGCCUCUACAUGACAGAUGAGUGACCCCCUUGUGGGCGUCGGGGGACCUACCUGGCUCUCCCGCCAGCCCCCGGCUCGACCCCCGGCAUCUCCGGCCCCUGGCGCUCCAGGCUGAGGGGCCUGAGCUGGCUCACCUUUGCACCACCCCCACCCGGCACGGAGCGGGCAGGCAGGCACAGCUGCUGUGAGUCCACAUCGUCGUGUGUGUCUGUCCACACUUUUUAGGCACCACACCAAGGGGCAGCCUUCCGGCCCCAACACCUGUC